AUGAUGUUUUCCAAGCGAAGAGAUCUUUGGGCAAUUACAACUAGUAGAGUAGAAAAUGUCCCAGACAGACCCUUUAUGCACUACUGUCAAGCAUUUUGGGAUAGAUUAGGGUUUGCAGCCCCACAGAAAGCACUGGAAGCAUCCUGUCCUAUGCAGUCCACCAUCUUAGAGGUCCAUGUUCCUACUGAACAUCUACAAACCCCAAGGCAACCAUCUGCCUUCUCCAUGCCUGUGUUCUGGCUGGUGAGAGCUUUGGAGACACUUCAUUUAAGCACAGAGAUUGAAAAUGAAACCAAGUAUAGGCGGUGCUUAAAUGAGUAUUUAAUGAUGACCAAAAAGGAGCCAGGCAACUUCGAGGAUCGGGUGUUGGAUGAGGAGAAGGUACACAUAGCUGCUAAAUUCAUCACCCAUGCACCCCCAGAAGAGUUUAAUGAAGUAUUCAAUGAUGUUCCCCUACUACUCAAUAAUGACAAUCUCCUCAGGGAAGGGGCAGCACAUGCAUUUGCCCAGUAUAACAUGGAUCAAUUCACACCUGUGAAGAUAGAAGGAUAUGAAGAUCAGGUCCUAAUAACAGAGCACGGUGACCUGGGUAAUAGCAGAUUUUUAGAUCCAAGGAACAAAAUUUCCUUUAAGUUUGAUCACUUAGGGAAAGAAGCAAGUGACCCCCAGCCAGAGGAAGUUGAUGGAGGUUUGAAGUCUUGGAGAGAAUCCUGUGACAGUGCUUUAAGAGCCUACGUGAAAGAUCAUUAUUCCAACGGCUUCUGUACUGUUUAUGCUAAAACUAUAGAUGGGCAACAGACUAUAAUCGCAUGUAUUGAAAGCCACCAGUUUCAGCCUAAAAACUUCUGGAAUGGUCGUUGGAGAUCAGAGUGGAAGUUCACAAUCACACCACCUACAGCCCAGGUAGUUGGAGUGCUAAAGAUUCAGGUUCACUAUUAUGAAGAUGGCAAUGUUCAGUUGGUUAGUCAUAAAGAUGUACAAGAUUCAGUAACUGUUUCUAACGAAGUCCAAACUGCCAAGGACUUUAUUAAAAUCGUAGAGAGUGCAGAAAAUGAGUAUCAGACAGCAAUUAGUGAAAACUAUCAAACAAUGUCAGAUACCACAUUCAAGGCCUUGCGCCAGCAGCUUCCAGUUACCCGCACCAAAAUCGACUGGAACAAGAUACUCAGCUACAAGAUUGGUAAAGCAAUGCAGAAUGCUUAAAAGCUGACUAUAGGAUUCUUCAGUGUAUGAAAGGAAAAGGAUUCAACGUGGUCAUAUGAUAAAUAAGUGAUUUAUAAACAAGAGUGAUAUUUUUCUAGGGCUUUCAAAGUUAACUGAUUUUCUAGCCUCAUAGAAUACUGUUGAACCUAUAGCAUUGUCUUGAUUUUGUGUGUGUGUGUGUGUGUGUGUUCUCU